AUGACACGCGUUCUCGAGGAAACAAGGAUUCGGGAACACAAUGUUCGUCUUUACGAUAACAAUGGAACCCUCCUUGCUUCUUUGGAAAUCAAUCCCCGCCAGAGACAUCUAACGCACGAGAUGCUGUACCGGUACUGCAGUAUGGUCUUCAUCAUCCCUGGUCACCAAACAUGGGCAAUCUUUCCUAUCCUCCGCGAUGAAUCACCAGGCCGUGUCCUUCGUUCGGAGCGCCACACCCCCAUAAAGCCAGGCAAUUAUCUGGUUCUCGAUGAUAACCAACAGCCGAUGAUCGUUCAACUCACUGGCGAGUCAGCACCACGCCGCGUCACCACCCAAGACCCCAGCUCUAGGUCUGAAGGACGACGCGAAAGAGGUCUUUUGCAAUCGCACUUCCGGGAAAGUCUGUGCGGCAGAGACUCCAUUUGCACAAUCUCCAAUUCCGCACCUGUGGCCGGGGAUUCCGAGCAUCCAUAUCGUGGUCUUCACGCCGCACACAUUUUUCCUACAAGCCAGAUUGGCCAAUGGGAACGUGGAAACUACCAGAGGUAUAUCACUGACCUCAGUCCUGAUUCCAAGAUUGGAAGCAGCAAGCUGUACUCUCCCCAAAACGGCCUACUUCUUAGAUCCGACAUCCAUGAAGCGUUUGAUGGGUUCAAAAUUGGUGUCGAUCCAGAUGCCGAUUAUAAGAUCCUCGUUUUCGCCAAAGACGCAAACGGACUUGGGGGUACGCGUCUCAGAGGCUCCGCUAGAGAUGGCACAGACCAAAACAACCGCGUCAGUGCGCAUCUACUACGUUGGCAUCUAAGGAUGUGCAUCUACCGCAACAUGAAAGCCAAUGCUGAGCCUCAGCCACUAUGGGAAGAAGAUUUGGGGGAGGACAAUAUGGGCCAGAUUCUCCAACAUCAUGAUGCGGCCGAGAGGAUGGAAGUUGAACUGUUCACGCGCCUCGGGGAUUUCGUGGCUUAG